UUCGCGUUUUCUUUCAGCAAAGGCAACGAAUCGACGAGUGCGUGCGAACAGAGGUAGUCGACGGUAGAGGCAUCGAAGCAUCAGUGCGAUCGAGUGAUGUGAACUCGAAGAAAAGUGAGCGAUUGCAAUGUGUGAGUGAAUGCGUUCUUGUUGACUUUGUCACGAUUGGAAAAGACUGUUGAAUGUUGAUGCGUUUAGUAUACCUGAGAACAUCGACCGAAAUCCGGAAGCAGCCGUGUGAAACAUCAGCCGUAGAAGUGCCAGCAGUGAGCAACGAGCAGUAAUCCAGUUUGUCUCAUUUUCAUUCCCUGGUUGACCUGGGUGAAGCGGACGCACUGGAAGAAAUACGGGAAAGGAUAAGCUGCGCGUGCAUCGUAUGCUAGGAUCGAGCGUGUGAGUUUGCGAGAGUGAAUGAUUUUUGAGAAGUGUUGCGAAUUUCCGUUCCUGUUGGGUUAUUCAGCACCCACAGUGCUCGUCAUCAUCGUUGAAUAGAAAGUGCAGAGCUGAAAGGACAUUUAAUGUAAGCAUCGUGAAACCAUCAACCAACAUUCAACAACGUCUGCGAGCGUGCGAGUGGUGCGAAAGCUAGAAUAUACGAGCGCGCGGAAGAAUCGAGCGUGUGCGACAAGUCAAAAGCGAAAGAAGCGUGUGAGCUGAUUGUAAUAAAAUUGUUUUAUGCCUACAGUCUAGUUUGUAACGAAGGUUCGAGUGCGUGUGAAGAAUCAGCUUGAAUUACAACGAAACGAGAUGUCAGUGGUUAUGAUUCGGAUGGAGGAAGCCAACAAGCUGUUGGAUUUCUCGCAAAAGUUGGACAUCAGUCUGCUGGACAGCGUUGUGGAAUGUCUGUACAAUAGCACGGGGGAGCAACUGAGGCUGGCUCAGAACGUGCUGACCACGUUGAAGGAACAUCCAGAUGCAUGGACCAGGGUUGAUAGUAUUCUUGAAUUCUCGCAAAACCAGCAGACAAAAUUUUAUGCCCUGCAAAUUCUUGAGGAAGUUAUCAAGACCCGUUGGAAAAUUCUGCCCCGAAACCAAUGCGAGGGCAUCAAGAAGUAUGUGGUUGGUUUGAUUAUCAAAACCUCUCAAGAGGCUGCCGUAAUGGAAGCUAACAAAGUGUACCUAAACAAGCUAAACAUUAUUUUGGUACAAAUACUGAAGCGCGAAUGGCCCAACAACUGGGAGACGUUUAUUAGCGACAUUGUGGGAGCAUCCAAAACAAACGAAACCCUCUGCCAGAAUAACAUGAUCAUUCUGAAAUUGCUGAGCGAAGAAGUUUUCGACUUCUGUUCAGGUCAGAUCACACAAACCAAGGCAAAGCAUCUGAAGGACACGAUGUGCUCGGAGUUUUCCCAAGUAUUUCAACUGUGUCAAUUCGUACUGGAGAAUUCGUUGAAUGCCCCGUUGAUUUCGGCUACCUUGGAAACGUUACUAAAGUUUUUGAAUUGGAUUCCCCUUGGAUACAUUUUUGAGACAAAGCUGAUCGACAUGUUGGUCUGCCGCUUCCUGACGAUACCGAUGUUCCGCAACAUUACGCUGAAAUGUCUGUCGGAGAUAGCCGGUCUGCAGCUAGCCAACUACGGACACAUUUUCGUAGGUAUGUUCAACCAGACCAUGGAACAGUUCGAUAAUAUGAUCCCGUCCUGCACUAACAUGAAUCAGAUCUACAUGAACGGCUCAGACGAUGAACAGUGUUUUGUACAAAAUUUGGCCAUGUUCUUGUGCACCUUUUUGCGGGUACACUCGGCUCUUGUAGAGAAGCGCGAGACGAUGGACACUGUGCUAAAAGCGCUUAGCUAUUUGGUCAUGAUCUCGGAAGUGGAGGACGUUGAAAUCUUCAAAAUUUGUCUGGAGUACUGGAACACUCUCGCCUCCGAAUUGUACAAAGAAUCUUACAGUUCAAGUCAGCGUCGUACGUUUUACGCCAAGAUUCUGUCCAAGGUGCGCUAUAUAAUGAUCUCGCGAAUGGCCAAACCCGAAGAAGUGCUCGUUGUGGAGAAUGAGAACGGUGAAGUAGUGCGCGAGUUCAUGAAGGACACCAAUAGUAUUAAUUUGUACAAGAAUAUGCGUGAAACACUCGUCUAUUUAACCCAUCUGGAUUACGCCGACACCGAGCGUAUCAUGACCGAGAAGCUGUGUCACCAGGUGAACGGCACUGAGUUCUCGUGGAAAAACUUGAACACACUGUGCUGGGCUAUCGGUUCGAUCUCCGGUGCCUUUUUCGAGGACGACGAAAAACGGUUCCUGGUUACGGUAAUCAAGGAGCUGCUUGGACUCUGCGAACACAAAAAGGGCAAAGACAACAAGGCAAUCAUAGCUUCGAAUAUUAUGUAUGUGGUUGGUCAGUAUCCACGUUUCCUGCGGGCCCACUGGAAAUUCCUGAAAACUGUUGUAAAUAAGUUGUUUGAGUUUAUGCACGAAACGCACGACGGCGUACAGGACAUGGCUUGCGAUACGUUCAUCAAGAUUGCCCUAAAAUGUCGGCGUCACUUUGUGCAACUGCAACCGAACGAGUCAUGCACGUUCAUCGAAGAAAUUCUUGCCACCAUGAGCACGAUCAUCUGUGAUUUGCAGCCGCAGCAGGUUCAUACGUUCUACGAAGCCGUCGGUUACAUGAUUUCUGCCCAAGUCGACCAGGUUCAGCAGAAUAAUUUGAUCGAAAAGUAUAUGAUGCUGCCUAAUCAGGUGUGGGAUGAGAUCAUAUCGCAGGCCACGAAGAAUGUCGACAUUCUAAAGGAUAUGGCCGCCGUGAGGCAACUCGGUAGUAUACUGAAAACGAACGUGCGGGCAUGUAAGGCACUUGGUCACGCCUAUGUAUCGCAACUUGGACGCAUCUAUCUUGAUAUGUUGAACGUGUACAAGAUCAUGUCGGAAAACAUUACUCAAGCGAUUGCCAUCAACGGCCUGGCUAUCAACAAUCAGCCGUUGAUUAAGGCUAUGCACGUCGUCAAGAAGGAAACCCUGUCGCUAAUAUCGGAGUGGGUGUCUAAAUCGAACGAUUCCCAAAUGGUAAUGGAGAACUUCAUUCCGCCGCUGUUGGAAACGGUGUUGUUUGACUACCAGCGCACUAAAGUAUCGAAUGCCCGCGAACCGUUGGUGUUGAGUACGAUGGCAUCGAUCGUGAACAAACUGCAGUCGGUCAUCACACCAGAAAUACCGAAAAUUUUCGAUGCGGUGUUCGAUUGUACGCUGGAUAUGAUCAAUAAGAAUUUCGAAGAUUAUCCCCAGCAUCGAACCAACUUCUACGAGCUAUUGCAAGCUGUCAACACACAUUGCUUCAAGGCGUUCCUGAGCAUUCCGCCGAAUCAGUUCAAGCUAGUUUUCGACUCCAUAGUGUGGGCUUUCAAGCAUACAAUGCGCAACGUCGCCGACACCGGAUUAAAUAUUCUAAUGCAGAUGCUCCAGAACCUCGAGCAGCACCCGCAGGCAGCACAGAGUUUCUAUCAGACGUACUUUACCGACAUUCUGAUGCAAAUAUUCUCAGUAGUGACGGACACCUCGCACACUGCCAGUCUGCAAAACCAUGCGACCAUUUUGGCAUACAUGUUCUCGCUUGUGGAAGCCGGCCGGAUCACGGUCAGCCUUGGGCCAUCGCCGGACAACGUACUGAACAUUCAGGAGUACGUUGCGACGCUGCUCAAGUCUGCCUUCAGCCAUCUAACCGACAACCAGAUCAAGAUUUUCGUCACCGGCCUUUUCAAUCUGGAUCAGGACGUGCCCGCAUUUAAGGAGCAUUUAAGAGACUUCUUGAUCCAAAUUAAGGAGGUGACGGGAGACGACGAUUCCGAUCUAUACUUGGAGGAACGCGAGACCGAACUGAAGAAGGCACAGGAAGAGAAGAGGAGGAUUCUGAUGACGGUGCCUGGUAUGAUAAACCCGCACGAACUACCGGAGGAGAUGCAGGAUGAGUAAGGUAAAUGAAUAAAAUUUGUUGUGUUGAGAUCAAUAGAGCGGUAGAAAUGUGUAGAAUAUUUAGAAACAGAGUCGUACGGAGCGGUAGUUUUUUUGAAUUAAGCAUUCUUCUUUAAAAAGAAAUAAUUUUUUUCUUUUUUACAACAAUAAAACAUGGAAUAAGUUCAAAAUAUAUACAUAAUGAUUCAAUUCUGUAAAACAGUGACAGUUCAGAUAUGGCAGGGGUAGCGCCACACACUCACACUUUGGACACUUUUUACGAAGUAAAGCAUAUAAACAAAUAGAUGCGAAACUGCGCUAAACCAUAGCAUAACAUAUAAACACACAGCCAGCGAAUCCCAGUUAUAGAAAAGGUAUCAUUAAAAUCUGCAGGUCCAACAAUGCCUCCAGAAUGUCUGAUUGUCGUUUUGCGUUGAUGAUUGCUUCACAGUAGCUGCUGCAACAUUUUUGAUAAGAAUGAGUUCGUGUGAGGUUAUUUUAUGAACAAACAAAAAACAAGCGAAAUAAUGUCCUUUUUUAUUAAAUUUUACUAUUAACUUAUAAGAUGCAAACUAUUAAAAUAAUAUCUAUUUUUCGGAUUGAUGCGUGUUGGUUGGAAUGUAUGAAAUCUGUUAAUUAUUAUUGUUCACAUUUUUUCAAACUACUUCGUUUUUUUUCCUUACACUUAGAGCGUGAAUAAUUUAGGCUAGCGACAGCAAACUGACAGAGUAGAAGAGAUUUGGUUAGGCGAGCGCGAGCGAAGACAGAAAUAGUUACUAUAAAUAUUUCUGCAUUACAGUUUGUUUCUGAUAAAGGAAUGAUGAACGAAUAAGAUAUGAUUUAGAACAGCGAAAAUGAGGAGAGCCGAGGUACGGGGUUGGAUGUAUUUUACUGGACGCGAGAAUCGUGGUAAGAAUUUUAUGCUGAAAGUAGUGUUUAAAGUUUAUCAAUAGAAGAACACGUAUAAAGCAACACGAGAAUCGGAUAGAAAGAAACAAAAAGAAGAAAAAAAGUAAGCACUAAUAAUUUAUAAGAGGUAAAAAUUGAAUACUAGUAGCGAUUACAUCGUAUAAGAGUGUUAUAGGAGAAGUUGAGCAACAGACAAACACAAAUCUGAAUACAAUACAGAAAAUAGGGGGUUUCUCUGAAGUAAGUAAUAAACGUUUACAAGUAAAACGAAAUGAAGAAACAAAAAAUGUAUGCCUGUUUGAACGUUUGUUUGUGUGCAACCUUACUCGGAAUACAAGAAUCAUUUGUGGAAGAUAAAUAGAAGCAUUAUUAUUGGAUGAAAAGCAAAUCACAUAAGUUUUCAACAAAACGUAAAAGAGCGAAAAUUGAGAUUUAUUUGCGUGACAGCACGAAGUGGUACGUUUUUUGACAAAUUACAAAAAUGCAAGAAAUCCGGUAAAGUAAAUAAAGCCAGAAUCAUUUACUAUCUCAUGUAGAUCGUACCUUAA